UGCACGCGUAUAUGAGAAUUCAUAGUUUAGCUACGUUGUAAUUCACGUCCAUAUAUUAUGAGCGUUUAGCUAGCUAGUAAUCGGUUUUACCGUUCCCUUUUAAAAGCUCCUUCUGUACAAAGUUAUCGAAGUGGCAGUUUUUUUAUUUAUUUUGUCAUUAUGGAUGUUUGGAGAAAGUUUCGCCCGUCCCACAACUUGUUUUGGUCCGCUUUCGUGGCGUAAAACUUGUUCGUGUUAUUGUAGCCAAUAACGUUACUGUUAGCUAGCUUCGAAAGGUUCGGUGGCUUUCCCAGACAAAUCUCAGCCUUUCCUUUUGACUCUUGUACGGCAGGAGUUGGAGCAGUUUAUUCCUGGGACUCGGCCUAGUCUAGUAACGUGAGCUACUUUUUUUCUAAGGUAUAUCACCAAUCUCCGAGGCCUCCAAAAUGUCGAUUUUAGGAUUAAAAAAGAAACAACCAAAGACUUUUAAGGUCAAAGUCAUCACUAUGGAUGCUGAAAUGGAGUUUAGUUGUGAGGUGAAAUGGAAAGGUAAGGAUCUGUUUGAUCUGGUGUGUCGGACAGUGGGUCUGAGAGAAACCUGGUUCUUUGGGCUCCGGUACACAGUGAAGGACACCUAUGCAUGGCUGAAGACAGAGAAACGGGUCUUGGAUCAAGAGGUCCCUAAAGACUCGCCGAUAACAUUUCACUUCCUGGCCAAGUUCUUCCCAGAGAAGGUAGAAGAAGAGCUGGUGCAGGAAAUCACACAACACCUCUUCUUCCUGCAGGUGAAAAAGCAAAUAUUAGACGAGGAGAUUUUCUGUUCUCCUGAAGCCUCUGUCCUGUUGGCGUCGUACGCUGUUCAAGCCAAGUAUGGGGACUAUGAACCAAACUUUCACAAGCCGGGGUUCUUAGCCCAGGAUGAGCUCCUACCUAAAAGAGUUCUGAUGCAGUACCAGAUGACUGCAGACAUGUGGGAGGAGAAGAUCACAGCCUGGUACGCAGAGCACAGAGGCAUCGCCAGGGAUGAGGCUGAGAUGGACUACCUGAAGAUAGCUCAGGACCUGGACAUGUAUGGAGUCAGCUACUUUGCCAUCACUCAAAAUAAACGAGACACAGACCUGCUACUGGGUGUCGAUGCCCAGGGCCUUCAUAUUUACAGCCCCAACAGCAAACUGAACCCCAACAAGUCUUUCCCCUGGAGCGGCAUCCGCAACAUCUCCUACAGCGAGAAGGAGGUAACCACGUUCACAAUAAAACCUCUGGACAAGAAGAAAGAUGUUUUCAAAUUCUACUCCUCCCAACUGAGAGUCAACAAACUGAUUCUGCAGCUGUGCAUUGGGAACCAUGACCUGUUCAUGAGGAGGAGGAAAGUGGACUCCAUCGAGGUACAGCAGAUGAAGUCUCAGGCCAAGGAGGAGAAGGCUCGCAAGAAGGUGGAGCGUCAGAUCCUUGCGAGGGAGAAGCAAAUGAGGGAGGAGGCAGAGCGAGCGAAGGAGGAGAUGGAGAGACGGCUGUUCCAGCUGCAGGACGAGGCACGGCUGGCCAAUGAGGCGUUGCUGCGUUCAGAGGAGACCGCAGAUCUGCUGGCGGAGAAGGCCCAGAUCGCCGAGGAGGAAGCCAAGCUGUUAGCCCACAAGGCUGCCGAGGCGGAGCAGGAAAGGCAGAGGAUAGAGGCUACCGCUCUCAAGACCAAGGAGGAGAAGAGACUGAUGGAGCAGAAGAUGAGAGAGGCAGAGCAGCUGGCCGUCAAACUGGUGGAGCAGUCAGAGAGGAGGUCGAAGGAGGCGGACCAUCUGAAGCAGGACCUUACGGAGGCCAAGGAUGCUGAGAGGAGAGCCAAGCAGAAACUCCUGGAGAUCACCAAGACAUCUUACCCGCUCAUAGCGGCCUACUCCACCCCCCCUCCUCCCCCAGAGGGAGGAGACCUAGCUCUGGGAUCCGGAUCGAUGCGGAUCGACUUUAAAGACUCUGAUAUGAAGAGACUGUCAAUGGAGAUAGAGAGGGAGAGACUAGAGUACGUGGAGAAGAGUAAACACCUGCAGGAUCAACUGAAGGAGCUGAAGUCUGAGAUUGAAUCUCUGAAGCUGGAGGAGCAGCAGCAGCAAGCUGGGGUCUACAGCCUCCGCAACGAGGCCCGCGGCUACCCCCCUGAACCACCCUACAUGCCCCAUAGUAAUAGAAACUCUGCCUACAUGGCUCAGAUGGCUUUUUUUGAGGAAGUGUGAUCCAACGGCCAUUGGAUUGAAACAGGGGUAGGCUAAGUGCCAUUGGAAGACACGCAGGGAGGCGGGACAUUGGUUGUGACUCUUGUUCCUUAAUACCAAGAUAUGCCUACUUGGCAUAUAUCUAUGUUUUGUGCCUGACAAAAGGAGCACACUGACACACACACUGACACACACACACUGACACACACACUCCCAGUGACACUCCAGAAAAGACUGUGCUUUGGAAAGAUUUGUUUUCCUCAGAUGACACAUCACAACACUACAAGUUUUCCUUCCAGUUUUCCGUUAUGGUUUAUUUGAUGCAGCCCUAGUUACACUGCCUGUGGGUGUAUAUUAUCACAGACGGUGCUGUGUGCAUGUUCUGUGGAUGUAUUUUACUUCAAUGUUUGGUUUUUAAAGGGAUGCCUGGUAGAGUGUGACAUAGAUUUGACUGAGGUAUUUUAUCCUAUAUGACUGACUCUACACUACAGUGUGCCUUUAGGAGAAUAUACUCUCUCAGCGACCAGGAUCAUGUCUGUCAAGCUACCAGGCUUCAGGUGUGAUACUUUGCCUUCGCUGAUUAAUGUCUUACUUUACUCAGUCGUUUUAUUGUUGUAGCAUGGUCGAACUGAUCGUCUCCAGAGCAACAUGUGUCCUGCAUCACAUUAUGCCUCCUAACCAUUAUCAAUUCAAACUCAUUUCAACGGUUUUCUGUUUUUAGUAUUUUAGAUCGUUGACGUGCUUUUAACUUAGCUUUUUAAAGAGUUUUCUUCACGUUACAAACAUUAAAUAUGCAAUCCCUCGUUCACUAGUUCCUGUUAUGGAGCAUCCCAAAAGGCACCAUAUUCCCGUUUUAGUGCACUGCUUUUGACCAGUGCCCUAUUUAGUUCAUUUAGGGUGACAUUUGUGACGAUGACCUGCCUGGAUUGUCAAACACCUCUGGGGUGGGUUUAGAUCCAACACCUCUGGGGUGGGUUUAGAUCCAACACCUCUGGGGUGGGUUUAGCUCCAACACCUCUGGGGUGGGUUUAGCUCCAACACCUCUGGGGUGGGUUUAGCUCCAACACCUCUGGGGUGGGUUUAGCUCCAACACCUCUGGGGUGGGUUUAGAUCCAACACCUCUGGGGUGGGUUUAGCUCCAACACCUCUGGGGUGGGUUUAGAUCCAACACCUCUGGGGUGGGUUUAGAUCCAACACCUCUGGGGUGGGUUUAAAUCCAACACCUCUGGGGUGGGUUUAGAUCCAACACCUCUGGGGUGGGUUUAGAUCCAACACCUCUGGGGUGGGUUUAGAUCCAACACCUCUGGGGUGGGUUUAGAUCCAACACCUCUGGGGUGGGUUUAGAUCCAACACCUCUGGGGUGGGUUUAGAUCCAACACCUCUGGGGUGGGUUUAGAUCCAACACCUCUGGGGUGGGUUUAGAUCCAACACCUCUGGGGUGGGUUUAGAUCCAACACCUCUGGGGUGGGUUUAGCAGGCAGACAAGCCCAUUUCUCUUCUGAUUUCUACGACAUCUUGUUAGCGCUUAGCUCAGAGGAAGGUUCCAUCUCUAGAAAAGUAGGGAAGACAUUCUGUAUAUGGAGGAGGAGAAGCGAGAGAGAGAAGGUGGCUUGUGCUUGUGAAGGAAGUAGAUUUUAGAUGUAAUAACUCAUGGUUAAGGGUUGGGGUCAAUUCCAUUUCACAGAAAUAUAAUAAGAUUAUAAUGCCUAUUUGCUGAGUUGAAAUGGUCUGGACCCAACUUUUGCUGUGGUUUUUGAAUGGGAGCCAUGUCUUACAUGGUCAGAUAUCCUAACUAACAGAACACUGCUUGGCAGAUUAUGCAACAUUUUCAAGGUUGGGGGUUGGUUUGGCAUUUGUGUGGGUGCAGACACCUGCACGUACAGAGACACACAGCCAUGUAUUCAAACCAUGUGUCUAUCACAUUUAAACCCUACAUUUAUUAGUCAUUUUUAUUGUAACAUAAAUAAGUUAUUGUCAGAUCUGUUGUCAGAAGUUUCCUCUAACCGAUGUCAGGUUUGAAUCGAAAUGGAGUUGUUUUGGAUGGCAAGAUAUCACACACGCACUCUCAGCAUAACUGUUGUGUACAUGUGUUUUUCAUUUCUCAUGGUUAUACCUAUUUAUGUGUGUAGAAUAGUGUUGUUGGGUUUUAUAAUAACUCCUUUUGUUGUUUAUCUGAAGCUAGAAACUCUCUUUACUGUUGUUGACUUAACCAUUCCUGCUUUUUUCCAUCCUCUCCCCCCUAUCCUCCUUUCCCUCUCUCGCACUACUCCUUUUUCAUGUGUUCAUCGGCUUUAAAGGGCUUAAGUGUCACAUCAGUUUGUUUUUGUUUUUCACUGUUUGUUUUCAUAGAUGACCUCAGAACUGUUUCAUAUCUAUACGUUUACUGUAAUCACCCAUAUCUGUCCCAAGUGGCACCCUAUUCCCUAUAUGGUGUACUACGUUUGACCAGGGCCAGCAUCAGGCUCAGGUCAAAAGUAGUGCACUAUACAAGGGGGAAUAGGGUGCCAUUUGGGACACAGGCACUAUAUGGCUGUCUCUCAACACUCUGUCGUUGCCUCCUUUCCUUUUUAGAGGGCGGCAAGUAACCUUGCGGUUAAGUUAGGCCAGUAAACGGCCGACGAGGUCGUUGAUUUAAGUACCUGAGCCGACAAGGUGAAACAUUUGUCGAUGUGCCCUUGAGCUACUACUAUGGCUGACCUUGUAAAACACUACACUGGACUGUGUUUUUCUUCUUCACAACCUUGAUUCCGUUCCUUCAUUGCCGUUAGUCAAUUUAUAGAGGUGUGGAGGUUUCCUCCGUGUGGAGGUUUCCUCCGUGUGGAGGUUUCCUCCGUGUGGAGGUUUCCUCCGUGUGGAGGUUUCCUCCGUGUGGAGGUUUCCUCUGUGUUGCUGUCACCUAUCAUGCCCUGUCAGAUCAGUGGCCAUAGAGGAAAGGACACAAGGGAAGGAAGCUAGUUAACACUAUUAAGACACAGCCAGGGAGGGACAUGCCAAACAAAAGCGAGUCACAAUGUCUGAUUUCCGAGAUUAAGUGUUUUGAGUGCAGUUUCUUUUUGCAUUUUGUCAUAAGUGAAUCAAUGCUGUCAAAGGUCUUGGCUGUUGCUUAUAAAACAAAUAUACAUUAGCA